AUGAAGAAUUUCAUAUGUUUGCCUCAUUAUCUUCUAGCUUCACAGCCGCCAGUGAUUCAUGACGAUUGUAUUUGUGAGAGUGCCACAUGGAAUCAAAAUGGCGUUACAGUUGCUGGUUGGAAUGGUCGAGGAUCCUCAUUGAAUCAACUCGAUGAACCCCUCGGUUUAUUUGUGGACGAAGAUGCUGCCGUCUAUGUUGCGGGCACGUUAAACUUCAGAGUGGUUAAAUGGGCAUCCGGUGCAUCUAGUGAUCAAGUGAUAGCUGGUGGGAAUGGAGAAGGUAACCAGAAUAACCAAAUGAAAUAUGCAACAAAAAUUAUUAUUGACAAGAAUGGAACCAUAUUUAUUUGUGAUCAUAUGAACAUGCGAGUUCAGCGAUGGUUUAAGAAUGACGAUCAUGGACAAACAAUUAUUGAAAAUAUCUCAUGUUGGGGACUAACAUUAGACAAAGAAAAAUUACUGUAUGUAUCUGAUUGGAAAAAGCGUCGUAUAACGAAACGGCCGAGCGAACAAAUCACCGCUGGUGGAAAUGGGCAAGGGUCGGCUCUUAAUCAACUCUUUUAUCCAUGUGACGUAUUUCUCGAUCAGGAUCAGUCCAUUUUCGUGGCCGACGAUGGGAAUCAGCGUAUAAUAAAAUGA